AUGUCUGUGGAAUCGACAGCAACUUCCUCAGCUUCGCAAAUGCCGGCUUUUAAAAAUCGUCUCGAUGUAUAUCUUCAACCGUCAAAACCACUGCAACCAAGUCUAUCUCACAAUGAUCAUUUACCUCCUGCAAGACAUUCUAUAAACGUUACAACAAGAGACCAUCAUCAUAAUCAGCAGCAACAGCAACAACAACAACAGCAGAAUGGUUCGCGACCCCGAACAAUGUCGGCGUCAGAAGAAGCGUCUGCUGAUACCGUUGGUGAAUUAACAACAGUACCAUCGUAUUCAAAUAGGCAUUUACAUAAACGCGAUAGACGUAGUAGUGACAUGAAAGGUGCAAGUGAACAUCAUGACACCUCCGCUGUUGAUCGACGUAAUUCCUCACCUCAAGUUUACUUGAAUGCGCUUUUUUCUCAUGGCUUUCGCAAUACAAAACAUCAUCACAAAGCUAGUACCAAAGAAGAAGGAAAUAACAAUCCAAUGACAAGCAACAAUGUAAAUGCUUCAAAUAUUGCCCCUUCGACGCAUGUUAACGAUGUGACGGCAAUUAAAACAGAUGCAUUCUCUACAUCGAAAAUGCCGCCGACAGUUGCAAAUGGGCUUCGAUUAGUAAAUUCGCAAAGUAAUGAUCGUUUGUCAUCAAACCAGCCAGAAGAUGUACCGGUUCAAUCAUUGUUCACUAUGGAUGCCUGGACAUCUGAACCACGAACAGCUGAACCGUUUAGACACGAUUCGAAUACUCCACCUUGUGUAGCAGAAAACUAUCGUGCUCAUUUCUACGACUAUUUUCAUGUUAAUUAUUGUGGUGAAUUUGAACACGAGGGGCCAUUUCUAGCAUCUCUGCGAGUAAUGCACCAGAAACUACCUGCACCAGAUAACUCCGAAGCGCGAGCUAUUGUUCGCACGCCCGUUCGUAAUUAUGUUAUAUCUGAACCGUUGAAUGAGGCUAAUGAACAACACAUUCUCCAAGUGUUAUUUGAUAAAAUCAACUUUUCAUCUGUUCGAACUUAUGGAACUAUUGGUGAUCCGAAAACAAAUGAAAAAGUCUACGCAUUUGAUAAAAUCAAUGAUGAGAGAUAUAAUUGUAAGAUUGGAGUACUUUACCAAAGCUCAAAUCAAGUUAAUGAACUACAAAUUCUUGGCAAUGAUUCACUAACAGAUGAAUUACGCGUUUUUCUCGAAAGUAUUUCCAAACCAGUUUCCUUGAAAGGAUUUCCAAACUAUCGCGGUGAUUUGGAUACCAAAGAUGACUUACAUGGUGAAUAUUCUUACUAUACUGUUCAUGAGAACCAUGAAAUCAUGUUUAAUGUCGCACCGAUUGUCCCAAGUACAAAAACCAAUGGACAGUAUAUCGAAAGAAAAGGCUUGAUUGGUAAUGCUUUUGUUUGUAUUAUUUUCCAAGAACCAGACGCGAUCUUUUCGCCGGAUUUUAUAUCAGGAAAAGUGACACAGAUUUAUAUUAGUGUUCAACCCGUCACUAUCGAAAAUCAACUUUACUAUAAAAUUUGCAUCUGGCGUCGAAAUGAUAUUACAGCGCAAAUCUGGCCACCUGGUGGAGUUUAUAAAUUCGAUCAGUCAUUUGUCUCGUUUUUCCUUACGUUACUACUCAAUGCAAUCAAUGUCGCUGUUGAAUCACCUAGUCUUCGAAGGCAAAUAUCCGAACAGCGACAACGACUAAAAUGCGAAGAAUUGAGGAAACUAGCACAUAUGUUUAGUGUCGGUCCUAUACCAGAUAUGCACAUUGAAUACGAUUAUAGUCAACAUUGGGUCGAAGCACGACCUAAUGCACGCAGUGAAAGUUUUGCUGGUACUUCGUCGACUGGAACAAAUGAGACCACAAGUACAGUAUCUGGUCGGUCAUCACCCGUUCCAAAGAAGAGAGGCUUUUCCAAGAAACUACUUGGCGUGUUUUCGGGUCGGUCUGGAUCAGUCACAUCAGCAUCUUCGAAUUAUACGAAUAGCGAUACAUCAUCAGCUAAUUCCCAACCAUCAGCAUCCGAUGCUUCAACAGCAUUAGGUCGAACGGUCUCUCACAGUACGAAAGAACCUGUUAAACGUGCACCUUCCGUGAAACUGAAUCAAGCUCCAGCCGCACCUCCUCGUCCAACAAGCUCUCUCACAUUUCAGAAUAUCGUUGUGCAACCAGCCACUCCGUCUGGUGCUCCAGCAAAUCCUUUUCCUUCCGACAACAGUCUAACAAGCAACAAUUUCUUGAAUACGGCUGCUCUAACCAUUGAAUCCCGUAGUCGUUCUAAUUCUUCGCCAGAACAUCAUAAUCCUUCUAACAAGUCGCCAUAUGUUCCUAUAAUGCGAUCAAUACGAGAGAUAUGAUCGCAAUCAUCUCAUGCGUCAACAAUUGAUGAAGAAAGUCGAUCAGCUAACAUAACCGAUGAAGAAACUGAUGAUGAUGAUGAUGGUGAUGAGUUCAAGAACAAUUCAAACGACGAUGACAAUUCAUCGAAUCCUCCAGUACCAUCAUCAUCGAUUAUGAAUAUGUCUUGA